CUCACCCCCCUCGGCCGCCGCCGCCGCCGGGCGGAGGCUCCGCCAGGCCCGGCCCGGCCCCGCACGGCCCCGCACCGGCCCCGACCAUGGCCAGCCGCCGCCGGGCCCCGCGCUGGAGCGGCGGGGGGCGCUGAGCCGGCCCCGCACCGGCCUCGGCCCCGGCGGACUCUCCGCGCCGCCCCCCGUGUCCCGUGCUAUGAGCGUUCAGCGUGACUUCUCUGCAAGCAGCUGCAAAUGAAAAUGGAGGAUAUGUCUUUGUCUGGCCUGGAUAACAGCAAACUGGAGGCCAUCGCACACGAGAUCUACACGGAGCUGGUGGAGGAUGCCUGCCUGGGGCUGUGCUUCGAGGUGCACCGGGCCGUCAAGUGCGGCUACUUCUUCCUGGAUGACACAGACCCCGACAGCAUGAAGGACUUUGAGAUCGUGGACCAGCCGGGCGUGGACAUCUUCGGGCAGGUGUACAACCAGUGGAAGAACAAGGAGUGCGUGUGCCCCAACUGCAGCCGCAGCAUCGCCGCCUCGCGCUUCGCCCCGCACCUGGAGAAGUGCCUGGGCAUGGGCCGCAACAGCAGCCGCAUCGCCAACCGCAGGAUUGCCAGCAGCAACAACCUGAACAAGUCUGAGAGUGACCAGGAGGACAACGAUGACAUCAAUGACAACGACUGGUCCUAUGGCUCUGAGAAGAAAGCAAAGAAGAGGAAAUCAGAUAAGAACCCCAACUCGCCCCGCAGGUCCAAGUCCCUGAAACACAAAAAUGGCGAGAUCGGCGGGAACCCCGAUCCCUUCAAGUACAGCAACUCAGCUGGCAUCAACUACGAGACGCUGGGCCCCGAGGAGCUGCGGACGCUGCUGACCACGCAAUGCGGGGUCAUCUCCGAACACACCAAGAAGAUGUGCACCAGGUCCCUGCGGUGUCCCCAGCACACGGAUGAGCAGCGCAGGGCAGUCCGUGUUUACCUCCUCGGGCCCUCGGCGUCCCUGCCCGAGGCCGAGGGCAGCGUGGAGAGCGACAGCUUCGAGGUGGCCGAGAGCCAGGCGCUGAUGAGCCGCCUGCAGUGGGACGGCGCCUCCGACAUCUCCCCCUCCGACUCGGCCUCCUCCAAAGCCAGUACAAACAACUCCGAGUCCCGCAAGACCAAGAAGAAGAAGCCGCACCUGGGGCUGGUGAGCGGCGCCCCCGGGCUCGGCUCCAGCAAGAAGAAGAAGCCCAAGCCCCCCGCCCCCCACACCCCCAGCAUCUACGACGACAUCAACUGAGCCCCAGGGAGCUGGGGAGGGGCAGGACGGACAGAGGGACGGACAGAGGGACGGACAGGGGCGGGGCCAGCCCCCGGCACCACACAGAGAACUUGUCACUGCUGGAGUGGGGCUGGGUUUGGGGAGCCCCCAUUAGUGCCCCCCUUCCUGCCCCCUGCCCCGGUGCCUCUAUUUAUUCUGUGACAGUUUUUGUACCUGGGGCUCCCGUGGGGCGUCUCCCUCGGACAUGGGGGUACAGCCCCCCCCCCUUUCCCUCCCAGCACCCCCAAAACCCCCACACCCACUCCUCACUUACCCCAAUGGGGUGGGGGGCACCUGGUCACCCUGGGCAGGUCGGGCCUGGGUCAGGGGGUUGUAAAUCCCCCCUGCCCUGGGGUUCUGGGCUGAGCCCCCCCUCUGGGGCUGCCCCCCUCCCUGCCCCGGGCUGGCUCAGGAGGGGGGGUCCCACUGCAGGGGCUGUUUCCCACUCAGAGGACAAGUGGGCACCCCCUGACCCCCAAAUCUGUCCAGCUGUGCCUGCAUGCAGCUGUUGGGGGUCCUGGGGGCUGCCAGUGCCCGCACAGGGGGGUCACAGGGGGCUGCAUGCUGCAUCCUUCAUGUUUGGGGCUGUUUGGGGGUGGGUCUGGGGGUGGGGGGAGCUGCUGUGACCAUCCCUGUGCCAAACUGUUUGGGGAGGGGGACCCCAACCUGCCAGGGACCUCUGGGAAUGCAGCACAGCUGGGGGGGGAGCACAGCCCGGCUCCAGCACAGAGCCCCCCCCCCUUCCUCGUGUCCCCAGGGCAGCUCCACACCCCCUGCUGGGGCCCUGCUGCUCCCUCGGGGGGUCACUGGGGCCCCCCAUAGCUCUGCUGUUGUUUGGGGGGGCCGGUGGGGGGGACAGGUCCCUCUGCCUGGAUCCAGCUCAGCCCUGCCCUAGGCCCCCUCCCCUCCUGCUCCCCAUCGCAGGGGCAGCGUUGGCUCCGUCCCCUCUGCUGUCCCCUCCCGUGGCUGGCUGCCCCCAUCUGGCCAUAUGUCCCCGGGGGGUCUGUCUGUGCCCCCACCCCGCUGCCCUGGCCCGUCCUCUCGCUGGGACUCACGAAUUAUGGUGCUCUCGACUCUGGAUUCACUAUUGUUUUCAAACUGCUGCUAAAGGCUGGGCUGGGGGGGUCCUGCAGAGCCCCGGGCACCUCAGAACUGCAUGGGGACCCCCGUGUGCUCCCUCCUGCUGGGGCUGGGGGGCUCUGGCCACCGGGGCACGCUGAGCUGGCCUUCGUGUGCCCCGGGGCCCUGGACGGGGCUGUGGGCACCCAAAAACCCGGGGGAGCGCCCCAACCUGCCUGGGGGGGCACGGCGAGCUGGAGGGGUGCGGGGGGGGGGGGGCAGCCUGAGCCCCUUCAGCUGCGGGAGAGGAGCUGCAAUUUGGGGUCCAGGGGGGCUUGGGGGGCUCAGACCCUCCCUGUGACCCCCCCAGGUCGGUGUCCUCGCCCCCCCCCCGGUGUUUCUGCGUGUCCCCCCCGCGGGGGAGCUGAGCCCUUGUGAGGUCUGUGUGUCCCGUGCGUGGGUUGUGGCUGCCCCUGUAAAUAAAACUGCAUCUUGACUUGGUA